CUCUCUUAGCUUUUCCCACUCCUCGUUCCUCUCUCUUCUCAUGAUACUUUCUUCUUCCAUCUGCAACAACUUCAUUUCCCUCCUCCUCCUUCUUCUACUUCCUCUCCGAGUCUGAUACAAGAAUUUCAGCAAGAAGAAUGCGAAACCCCAGUUCUGUGAAGCGAGAAUUCCUCCGGAAAUGGAUAAAGGGUCUUGGAAAAUGCAGGUUGUUGAAGAACAACAUGAGCUUCUUGGAGAGAAAGAAAGCCAUAAAGCUGUCUGCAGAUUUAGCCAUGGCUUCCACCAGAAGCGGAGCCGCACGGUGGAGCCGAGCCCUUAUCGCUGAAGCCUCCUCACCAGACGACGACGGCUACAACAAAAUCCUCACGGAGCACAUAUUUGGCUCGCCGGAGAACCAGAGGCCGAAAGGGAAAGUUCAGAGUACGACGUCGUCGUCUAGCCUUUGCAGAAGCAGAGGGAUCUUGAAACGCAGCCGUCUGGUGCGUAAAGUAGUGAAGAAGAAGAAGAAGAAGAAAAUAGGGUCACCAAAGGUGAUGGCGAAUUGGAUUGCGAAGAGGUUGGUGAAGAAGAGAACGAAAAUGCUCAAGAGUCUGUUGCCAGGAGGAGAGUCCAUGGAUGACGACGUUGUUUUGAUCGAAGAAACCCUAGAUUAUGUACAAUAUCUGAGAGCUCAAGUUGAAGUCAUGCGAUGUCUUGCCACCGCCUCUGAGCUCACCAGAAAUUCGUAAAAAUGCAUAAUAAAUCAAAUCAAAUCAAAUCAUAUAUAAAAAUGUGGCCACCAUUAAUUACUCUCUCUUUAUCAAUAUAUAUACAUAGUAGCUAGCUAUAUAUUUUCUUGUUGAUUUUGAAUGGAGAGGGUAGUAACUGAGAAGGAGGAAAAGAGGCUCCUUUGGCAAUUAUAUAUGUACAGAACAGGGGAAACAUAUGCAAACUGUCAAUCAAAGCUUUUUGUUUUUCCUUAUGCUU